AUGGCCCAAGAUACCCCCGUACCUGCCUCAGAGCAGCCUCGAGCAUCUAAAGAAUCAGGUACCGAGCAUUUUGAACUUAAGGAGAAGGAUGCUGCGGACAACGUCCAUGUCCACAACGAAUUCGCCUACAAGGGCGACGACUCGGAUGGCAAAGUUUACUGGACUGUCCGUCAUUCCGUGGCCGCCGUCUCGUUGGCCAUGUUAUACGCAGGCUCGCAGAUUAUGCUUUACUUCGUGGGAGGGUGCCUGUCUUUUAUGGAAGCCGAUUUGGGUGCCGCGAAAGUGGGAAGCUGGCUCCCCGUGUCGAACACCUUGGCGAUCACCGCGGUUUCACCCUUUGUUGGUUAUUUGCAGGAUCUGCUUGGUCGCCGCGAAAUCACCCUGGCCGGCUCGAUUGUGAUCAUGGUUGGCAUUGCUUUGAUCGGGAGUGCGCAUUCUUUCGGACAGGCCGUGACUGGCAUGACUCUUGCUGGUGCAGGUGCAGGCAUCUGCGAGUUGACCGCUCUAGCUGGGUUGUCGGAUAUUGUGCCUGUGCGACAACGUGGAAUCGCAUUAGCUCUCAUGACUGCAUCCCUCCUGCCCUUCACCCCUUAUGUGAUCCAGCUCCUUGCGACAUAUGUGACAUGGCGAUGGACACAGUGGAUUGCACUGAUAUGGAAUGGCAUCGUCUUCGUCGGUCUCGCGACCACAUACUUUCCAAAAUCCCACGCUCGCCUCGAAGGAAUGUCAAGAAGGCAGAUCCUUGCACGCAUUGACUACCUUGGAGCUAUAUUGUCCAUCGUUGGCAUCACGCUUUUCCUAGUCGCGCUGCAAUCUGGCGGUUACACGCAUCCAUGGAAGAGCGGCUACGUGCUGUCGCAGCUGAUCAUUGGCAUCCUCCUCAUCGUCGCCUGGGUGGUCUGGGAGGGCAAAUUUGCUCCGCACCCUAUGAUCCCUCGCGAGUUGUAUCAAGGACAGCGGAUCGUGGCACUUGCCUUCCUCGUCGCCUGCAUCGCCGGAUUCGACUUCUACUCCCUGAUCAAUUUCUUUCCCCUCGCAUUUUCGACCGUUUGGAGUACGGAUCCGGUGCAGGUCGGCUUGAAAGGCCUGGGCUACGGCAUCUCAACAACCGUAGGUGCCGUCUUUUGGAAUGCCAUGCUGUCGACGAAGUUGGAAGCAAGAUAUAUCCUCUUAAUUGCUUCCGUAUUGAUGACUGCUUUCACUGGCGCACUGGCCGCUACCACACCUGAGACCCCCAAGCUUGCCGUUGCUCUCGGUACGAUAGCUAGUUUCGGAGUUGGUGGUCUGCUAGUCCCCGCAGCCACUGUGGCUUUGAUCGUCGUCCCGGAUGCCUUGCUCGCGACCACCGCAGCACUGUCACUAUCCAUCCGCACCGUUGGCGGGUCCAUUGGUUUCACAAUUUACUACAACAUAUUCGUCAAUAAACUUACGAAGCAAUUACCCGAGCAAGUUGCCAAGUACGCCAUCGAAGCAGGAUUGCCGGCGGCGGAUGCCACGGAGUUCAUAACGACGUUUCUGACUGCUCCAGCGAAUAUUACCCAGGCGCCUGGCUUUUCAACAAAGGUCCUGGCCGGGGCCGAGCUGGGGACAAGGUGGGCAUAUGCCGAGUCCUUGAAAUGGGUUUGGAUCACCAGUAUCCCCUUUGGUGUUCUGGCCAUUAUUACCAGCUGCUUCAUCCCGAGUAUCAGGAAGUAUCAGACAAAUAGAGUCGCCGUUGCUUUGUGA